AUGGGUAAUAUUGUAUCAGCAGAGGGUGUGAUUAUAAAAUCAUUCGAAAGCAAGGAUGGUCCUCCACCAGAAUGUCCUAUGCAUAACAAAAAUAAUGCAUCUAGUGCUAAAACUCCAACAUCGGAGUGUCCAGUUCAGCAAGAAAAAAAUGAUGUUAAUCCUUAUAAUAUGAUGCCUCCAGCAAAUCAACAACCAGCCCCAGACCAGCCUUUUCCACUUCCAACAAAUCGACAAGUUUCAUCAAUCCCAAGAGCAAUGCCAGAUGGUUCUACUGAAUUUUGGGUGUACCCAAGCCAACAAAUGUUCUGGAAUGCCAUGUUACGGAAAGGCUGGCGUUGGAAGGAUGAUGAAAUAAAACAAAAAGAUAUGGAGGACAUUAUUCGUAUACACAAUGCCAAUAAUGAACAAGCUUGGCAGGAGGUUUUGAAGUGGGAGGCAUUACAUGCAAAGGAGUGUGGACAUCCCAGAUUGAAAAGCUUUGGGGGAAAAGCAACAGAUUAUAGCCCAAGAGCCAGGAUGCGUUCUUUGCUAGGGUAUGAACUUCCCUUUGAUCGCCAUGAUUGGAUUGUAGACAGGUGUGGAAAAGAAGUAAGGUAUAUAAUAGACUAUUAUGAUGGUGGGGAAGUUGAUAAUAAAUAUCAGUUUGCACUCCUAGAUGUCAGGCCGGCCUUAGACUCUUUUGAAAAUGCAUGGGACAGAAUGAAAGUCAUAAUAUUACAAAAGAUUACCAAAAGAUGCGAUUCUCCUACUGAGAUUGUUAACUUUUCUCCUGAUCAUCAAACGGACAUACAAAACUCUUCAAACUUUGAUUCAUCUGCUACAUCAACCAAAAAAUCUCCAAUGAAAGUCGCAAAAGUAGCUGAGCCUGAUCAUGUUGUGAUCACGGUUACAGCUGAUAUCCAUGAAAACUAUCAAAACAAUCUGGAAUAUUUACCGAUACCUAAGAACUCUGAUGAAAUCGUUAAUUCAAACAAAGAAAAUAUGGAUUUCAACCGGAUACAGAUUGAGGACCAAGAACCCCUUUCCUUAAAUGAUAUUAGCCUGGACUUGGAUAUAAAUUUGAAUAAUGGUGCUGAGGAAAAUGUCAUGGAUGAACCUGUUCCUAAAAAACAAAAAAUUAACAUUUUAGAUAUUAAGAAUAUAUCAACCGAAAAUGUAUUCACCGCGAGCAAAACCGAAAAAUUUCUUGUGAGUGCAACAAAUGUUAUGUUUGUUGAACCUGGUACUUCAAUGUUGGAAACAAAGAAAAAUGAGAAACAGUUAUAUAAAAAUGUUAAAAAAUUCGAUGACAUUGACAAUUAA